AUGUUCGGAAUGGCGAUUCUCAAGACAGCAACGUUGCUUCUCGUUGCUGCUGGGUCGGCCUUUGCUGCACCUUCAACACUUCUUCAGUCUCGAUCCAAGUCUCCCAUCACGCACCUUGGAUCUCAGGGCCCCAUCUUGUCCGGUGGUGUCAUGACCAAGGAUAUUGUCUACACCAGUGGCACGAUCCCCUCUGUCAAUGGCACGAUCCCCGAGGGCAUCGAGGCCCAGACGGCUGCUGUCAUCAACAAUAUUGGGCUCAUUUUGGAGGAAGCGGGCACGUCGUGGGACAUGGCCAUCAAAACGACGGUGUUCCUCGCCAACAUGGACGAUUUUGCUGCGAUGAACGGCGUGUACGGCAAGCUGCUGCCCAACCCGAAGCCGGCACGAACGACCAUUCAAGCGGGCAAGCUGCCAGGCAACUUUCUGGUGGAGAUUGAAGCCGUGGUGGCUCGUCCUCACUGCUGAUGAGCCUUCGGACUCGAUCGAUCGCAUCAUGUUGCUGGCUCAAGUGUAACGGGGUUGGUUGGCACUGCGAUUGAGAGAUGCAUGCGAUUGAGUGACACGGAAUGCAUGACGGAAGCUUGAACCGGGUCCGUACACUGUGAAAAGAGGCAAUUGUCGAGUAGACUGCACCGCCACAGGAGUAGCUUCACAGAGCUUGCGUCUCACCAACCUGGCCUCGAGCGCAUUGCAAAGUUACGUCGUGAUGUCUCAGGGAAAUGGCCGUCUUUGUUCCCCAAGCGCUGGUAGAGGUAGAGGUAUGGAGCAGUCCCACUUCGUCUUGUCGCGGCAGGCAUGAGAGCGGUAGCUUCGGGACGUAUUGGGGUGCAGCGUAGAAAAUGGGAAAGGAGCAGCUCGGACCACUCUCGACAGGU